AGGGUAGGAAAAACAUAGGGAUAGAAAAAAUGUAGGAAUUGGGGUGUCAUGUUUCUCCUAUCCUAUGGGAAUAAAAAAUAUAGGAUUAGUAACAACAAGUCCUUUGGCAGCACUACAGGAAACACAAAGGAAUUUGGAUGGAUAUUUUGAAUUUAAGCAACUAGCCGUUGGCAUGAGUACGCAAUUCAACAAGCUAGCCGUUGGUGGAACUGCGUACAUAUAUGUGUACUGGUGAACCAAGCCUUCAUUUGCACUGCAGCCUUCAGAACUAGCCAGCUGCUCGUCACAACUAUAUUGCAAGAUAUCUGCGAGCCAUUUAGCUCAUCACAACACAUUGCAAGAGAUCUGACAACCAUUUCAUUUGGUCGUAGAUACCUGUACAACAAACUAAAAGCAGACUUAUCCCUUGCAUAUCUAUACUGCAGUUUCUGAUUGGCAUGAACCCAAACUAUCGACGCCGAUCACAAAAUGACGAUGAGUUUAUGUUGUUUGUGCUUCCUACCCUGGAGGGUAGUUCAUCGCAACCAUCAUCUACUAAGAAGCCCAUACAUACAUCAAAACUAUCAGGGGCUUGCCGUGUUAAUGAAAUCUUAACAGGUCAUGAGAGUCUCUGCAAAAGGAACUUUCGUAUGGAAGUUCAUGUUUUCCAUGCUUUGAUACAGAAGUUGCGUGACAAGCAACUACUUGCUGAUACAAGAGCUGUCUCAGUAGAAGAGCAAGUUGCUAUAUUCUUAUAUGCACUAGCAAAAAAUGCAAGUAAUGAGACAUUGCAGGAUGAGUUUCAACACAGUGGUGAAACAAUAAGUCGGCACUUCGGAGCAGUGCUUGAUGCAGUUACACAACUUACAUGCAUAUACAUACGGCCACCUUCCCUACACCCACAUCAGAUCUUGAGAAAACCAAAAUUCGACCCCUUCUUUGAGGACUGUGUCGGCUGCAUCGAUGACACUCACAUACCAAUGUUUCUUCCAUUAGAUCAACAAGAACCAUAUCGGAAUAGAAAGCAAACAAUAUCCCAGAAUGUCAUGCUAGCUUGUGACUUUGAUUUAAAAUUUGUACAUGUGCAUGCCGGCUGGGAGGGAUCAGCUUCAGAUGCAAGAGUUCUACAUGAUGCACUUAACCAUGGUUUUCAAGUGCCUCCUGGUAAAUAUUUUCUUGUAGAUGCUGGUUAUGCAAACACACCGCAGUUUCUUGCACCAUAUCGUGGGACAAGAUAUCAUCUAAAAGAACAAGGAAGAGCUAAACAAAGGCCACGGGAUUACAAGGAGCUGUUCAAUCUUCGACAUGCACAGCUCAGAAACCAUAUUGAGAGGACGAUUGGCAUAUUAAAAAUGAGAUUUCCUAUACUCAAGACUGGCUCACACUACCCAGUUAACAAACAAGUUGACAUAUCUGUUGCUUGCUGUGUUCUACACAACUUCAUACGCCUACAGAAUGGAGAUAUGUUCUGGCCAAAUAAUUCAAAUGUGGAGAUUGAUCCAGACCAGAUUGUUGAUGUGCCAGAUGGAGACCAUAUGUAUAAUGAUGAUAUACAAGCAUUCAAUAACUGUAGAGAAGUUGGUAAUCAAAAACGAGAUGGCAUAGCACGACGGAUGUGGGAUCAUUACAUAGCACGUAGGACUAGAUAGUUUUUUGACUGUUAUGACAAUCACGGUCAUCUCGGACUAAGUUAUUGCAUCAUAGCAUAUCAAUAUAGGAAAGCCUUCCCUAAUCUCUCGGUUUGGGAAAUCGUAAAGGAAA